GCAGACGGAGCGGCUGAGCUUAGGAUGGAGCAAAGAGGGAGAGAAGAUCCGCUACUGCCUCACAUCGCGGUCACACACCUCUGAAAUACCUCCUUUUCAACCAAGUACCUUAUAUCUACUUGUUUUUUCCCCUCUUUCUUCUUAAUUUUUGCCGCUGACAUUUACGCACCAGUCCACUUCACCCAUCUCAAAUCUCCACCACCGGCUCCGACUCGACUGUCAGCGAGGAAAAUCACUCAGAGAAAUACAUUUUCAGCCUGGUUUGAUCCGGACACACCUUCAUCCGGACUGCCCUGUCAUUGCUAGAAUCAAUAUGGAUGAAGACAAUCACGUUCCAGAGGAUCUGUCCCUGGAGGAGAGGGAUGAGCUGUCAAACAUCCGACGCAGGAAGCGAGAGCUGCUCGAUGAUAUUGAGAGGCUGAAGUUUGAGAUAGCUGAGGUCAUGACAGAGAUCGAACAGCUGACAUGUGUCGGAGAGAGUAAAACAUCCCAGAGAAACAAACAGAUCGCCAUGGGCAGGAAGAAAUUCAACAUGGAUCCAAAGAAGGGAAUUCAGUUCUUAUUGGAGAACGACCUACUUCAACACACUCCCGAAGACAUCGCCCAGUUCCUCUAUAAAGGCGAGGGUCUCAACAAGACUGUCAUUGGAGACUACUUAGGUGAACGGGAUGACUUCAACAUCAAGGUGCUCCAGGCUUUUGUGGAGUUGCAUGAGUUUGCAGACCUCAACCUUGUCCAGGCACUACGGCAGUUCCUUUGGAGUUUCCGUUUGCCAGGUGAAGCCCAGAAGAUCGACCGUAUGAUGGAGGCGUUUGCUUCGCGGUACUGCCAGUGUAACCCCGGGGUCUUCCAGUCCACAGAUACCUGCUACGUACUGUCAUUUGCGAUCAUCAUGCUGAACACCAGCCUACACAAUCCCAACGUCAGAGACAAACCUCCCGUAGAGCGUUUUAUCUCCAUGAACAGAGGCAUCAAUGAAGGAGGAGAUCUGCCAGAGGAGCUUCUCAGGAACCUCUACGACAGCAUCAAAAACGAGCCCUUCAAAAUCCCAGAGGAUGAUGGGAACGAUCUGACGCACACAUUCUUUAACCCUGACAGAGAAGGCUGGCUCCUAAAGCUCGGUGGUAGGGUGAAGACGUGGAAGAGAAGGUGGUUCAUUCUGACCGACAACUGCCUCUACUACUUUGAAUACACAACAGAUAAAGAGCCUCGUGGGAUCAUUCCUCUGGAGAACCUCAGCAUCCGCGAAGUGGACGAGCCAAGGAAACCUAAUUGCUUUGAGCUAUACAACCCCAACCACAAAGGUCAGGUGAUCAAGGCCUGCAAGACGGAGGCAGACGGGCGGGUUGUCGAGGGCAACCACGUAGUGUACAGGAUAUCAGCCCCUACGCCAGAGGAGAAGGAGGAGUGGAUCAAAUCCAUCAAAGCCAGCAUCAGCAGGGAUCCCUUCUACGACAUGCUAGCCACCAGGAAGCGGAGGAUAGCCAAUAAGAAAUGAUGACCGCCCACACCUUCAACCCUACUACCACUCCUAGUCUGCUGCUCUGUCGCUACAUCUGUGACCAGCAGAGUCUGUGUAUGUUAUGAAGGGGAUUUUUAUUCAGGGCUGACGGCAUCUGCAUCUGUUUUUUUUUUUUUUUCAAAUCAAGUUUAAUGUGAAGGUUCUAAAACCCAUCACAGACUGAGGUUCGAGUAAGAAUGAACUGUGUGCAGCCAUGACGGGUGAGGACAGACGGAUGAGGACUACAUUAAUGGCAACAGUCCACAGGAUUGGAAUCACUACAAAUCUCAGCAAAGUGAAGCUAUGACUGCACUGCCCUCUGCUGGACAUAAAAGGAAUUACACCGAAUCUGCUGCAGCAGUGAAUAUGAAACCUAAUAAUUCAUCCUUAUUGCCUUCUUGCCUGUUUUUUAUCUUCCAGAAAGAUUCCCAGAUGCCAAACUAUUUUACCUUCACCUCUAUCUUAUCCUUUAACUGCCAACACCAACAUAAAACUACAGUACACCUCAAGUUAGAAAUCAGCUGGUCUGAUUGUUCGCCUUCAAGUGACUGUAUCUGCAUAUGCAAACCUCCUGAUUUAUCUGUCAGCUACUAAUGCGGCAGCCUGAACAAUCAACAUCACCACUUUUUUUCCUUUUAAAAAUAAUUUGGGAAGUAAUCUGACAUACCGAGUGCAGCAAGCCUUUCAUUUCACGUGGCCACAACAUAAGCAUCCACUCUCGUGUAAACCAUCUUUUAAAUAAGUAUUUUAAGUAUUGAAGAUCCACCUCUGUGAUCAUUUCUUCUGUAUUUAUUUUCUCAAUUUAACAAAAGAGGCAGCCCCAAUUCACAUAAUGCAUGUAUAGUAUAUAAUGUACAUACUGUUUUUUUUCCUUUGUUGUGUUUAUGUAGCAUGUAAAUCAUUAUGGCCGUAGCCUGUACCCGUUCACCUUUUUAGUUUGUUUCAACAACAGUUUACAGUAGUGGAAGAGGGACCUUGUGCAGCUCCGUACAGAGCAGUGGUGAGUCAGUUAAGUCUCCUCGCACCAAGUUAUUACUGAGAAUUGGAUUAUACAUGAAGUUAUAUAUGAAAGGAGAGGAUCGGAGAGGACAGAAACAGGUUCAACAGACCCCUUGAAGCAAAAACAAACUGGAUUUUCCAAACAUGUGAAUACUGACUGGACUCGGAGUGCAGUUUUCUGUCAAACGGAAAUUGAGACUGGACUUUUUCCUUAUUACGCUGUCAAAGUUUCAAAUGCAUCUUGAUCUCGGUUCGAGGGGGGGAAAAAAACUGCCCCUGAAUACUCUUGAUGAAGACUUGGAAUAAUAAAAAAAA